AUGUCACCAUGUUCCCACAUCUCCCAGAGAACAGUUACUCUGGUGGUUCUGGAUGUGUGUUGUGGUUCUGGAAUUCUGUCUUUCUUUGCAGUCCAGGCAGGAGCCACCAGAGUGUAUGCUGUUGAGUCCAACCCGAUGGCCAAGUACACACAGAUCCUGGUCCAGAAUAACUGUCUGUCUGAGCGGAUCAGGGUUCUAGAAGGGAAGGUGGAGGAGGUCAGCUGUCCCGACAUGGUCGACGUCAUUGUCUCUGAGCCAAUGGGAUACAUGCUACUCAAUCUAAAACUCAUGGAGAGCUUCUUGCAUGCCAAAAAAUGGCUCAGACCCAAUGGUCUGAUGUUUCCCUCCUAUGGUGAUAUUCAUCUGGCUCCUUUCAGUGAUGAACAGCUUUACUUCGAACACUACGCACGAGCUAGUUUCUGGCAGCAGAGAGGCUUCUAUGGAGUUAACCUGAGUGCUCUCCACAGUGCUACAAUGGAGGAGUUUUUCAGACAGCCGAUAGUGGACUCAUUUGAUGUUCAGAUCCUGAUGGCCAGGUCUGUCAAGCACUGCAUCAACUUCAUGGAGGCUAAAGAAGAAGACUUGCACAGAAUGGAGAUUCCCUUUGGGUUCACACUGCUGCAGUCCGGUCUGGUCCAUGGACUGGCCUUCUGGUUCGAUGUGGCCUAUAGAGGAUCCAAGUCAACAGUGUGGCUCUCCACAGCUCCCACGGAGCCUCUGACCCGCUGGUAUCAGGUCAGAUGUUUGCUUCAGACGCCGCUCUUCGCCAAGCUGGGACAGACUCUGUCUGGGACGGUCCUGCUGGUCGCCAACGACAGGCAGAGCUAUGACAUCAACAUCACCGCCACAGUUGACCAAUCAGGCUUCAGAUCUGGAAACGUCCUGGACCUCAAGGACCCCUUCUUCAGGACUCCAUUUUGUUAGAGAGCCGCAGACCGUUGGCCACCAGGAGGUCCAGGCAACGAGGCCUUUCUCCUCCAGGACAACACAGGAACCUCAUCAGGAAUCACCAGAUGUCACACCUCCACACAAGACAACUGACAUUGUUUGUUGUUGUUGUUGUUGUUCUUUAAUACAGUUUGUCAACAAAACAUCGGUGCUGAAUGUAAAGCCCUAACGAAUAUUAAAUGUGACAUCCUUUUAGUAUGAAGUUCAGAUUUUGUAUCUGUGUAUCAUACACAUUCAUAAACAGACCUCACAAUGUGGUUAAAAAACACAUAAGCAUGUACAAGGAAACUGGAAACUAUCAUUUCUAUAGCAGCAGUUUUCUCUGUGAACAUAUUUAAUAUUCCAUAAUAAAACUUUUCCCUCACAAGCCGUUUUAAUGGGAUUCAUGUUUCUGUUG